ACAGAGUGCAUCGAAACGUGAAAGUCACAAAGAGCAUACUUGGCAGUCUUUUAUUAUUAUUUUGUAAUAUUUUAUAUCUUAUUACGUGUUAUAAGUGCAAUUUUCAAACUAGUGAACAAGACUAACAAUACGUCGCAUUCAAUGCAUAAGUCCGUACAAGUUGAAGAAAAUGACACCCGAACACCGGAGACAAUUCAAUUGUAUAAUAGCACCAAAUUUGGCGUAGAUGUGAUCGAUCAAAUGGCCAGAAAUUAUUCGAAGAACUUGCCAUCGAAUACCAACAAGAGCUCGGCAAAGAAAAUCAACCAAUACCCAUCGCAAGUACAAAUACAGGUUCCCGUGAACGGAAAACAUGUCAGAUAAGAUGGAGGCUGCGCGGUCAUCGAUGGUCGAUUCGCGUGCACGGUGUAUAUGUAAAUAGAAUUUAUAUUUACGACGCUAUAACCGGAUCGGACUAAACUACGAUAGAGAGACGUUUCUGUGAAGACUGGAAAGCCGCGAUCCCCGGUGCAGACCAGCCGAGAUGCCUGGGGGUUGAUUGAUUAGAGGGUACAGCGUAGGAGAGAAACCGGGAGAGUUUGGGGGCGCGGGUUAGUUCGGCAAGGGGCUCCUAGGUUAUUUGGGGUCGAAGCGGGGUGAGAGGAGGCAAGUUGGCGCAGAACGACGACGGCGGCAGCGACGACGGCGGGGCUUCCAGUGGAAAAGAAAUCUUAUAAUAAUGAUAUCUUCACUCCAAUGGAUUACGCAUUACUUGAAAACACGACAGCGUACAUGUACGACGAUAAUGAGAAUUUGGUGGAACUAACAUUGGAUGACGACAUAGAAAGUCUAGACGAAACCCAGAUGAAUAUCGCAAAUCGUGUCUUCUUCUUUCUAUAUACCAAAAAAAAUUCUAUUAUACCAAGAACGCUUUAUGUCAAUGACAAGAAUUCUCUAAAGUCUAGCAACUUUGAUCCUAGCAAACCAACGCGUUUCAUAACUCACGGAUGGAUGAAUUCUCGGAGUAGUUUAGCGUGUCUUCUAAUUCGCGACGCUUAUUUGAAGAACGAAGAUUCUAAUGUUAUCGUCGUUGAUUGGGGCAGCAUAAGCCGUAGGCCUUAUAUUUGGGCUAGCAACCGUGUUGUCAUGGUCGGUCAAUUCGUCUCCACUAUGAUUGAUUUCCUCGAGGAGCAAGGGAUGGAUUUGUCGAAAACCAUACUGAUCGGUCACUCUCUUGGUGCUCAUGUAGUUGGAUUGGCAGCUCGCAAUGCUCAGAACAAAGUCAACUUCGUUGUAGGACUAGAUCCAGCUUUCCCCGGUUUUAGUCUAGCCGGUCCAGGAUCCAGGAUAUCGAGCGACGACGCGGAGUACGUGGAGAUCAUUCAUACGAAUGGCGGUCUCCUCGGCUUUUUGACAGCGAUCGGCCAUUCCGACUUUUAUCCUAACGGAGGAGAAAGACAGGCUGGCUGUCUAAUGGAUCCCGGCGGUGCGUGCUCUCACGCCCGUUCGUACAGAUUCUUUGCCGAAUCCAUUAGCAGUCCGUUAGGUUUCCACGGAAGAAAUUGCAGUGAUUUCGCUCGAUUUAAAAUGGGCUUAUGCAACGACCAGCAUACAUCCCUCAUGGGUCAUAAGUCGCAAUUGCAUGCGCGCGGUAAUUAUUAUCUAUUGACCAAUUCAAAUUCCCCGUACGCGAACGGCCCGAUCUUGGCAUAAUUGUUCGUUAAGAAAAGGACGGAGGGACAAAGACAGAGGUAUGAGGUGGAAAACUCAGUCUGAUUACGGCCGUCAGAGCGAGAAUUUCUGGAUUUGGAAAUUUAUUGCGGAACAGGAAGGAGAUCCGCGCUGGGCUAAACUCGUUUCUCUCAGCAAUCGAUCGGACGCAUUCACGGUGCGUAAUUUCGUUUCCGUCCGCAGCGGCUGCUUCAAGCGCGAGUAUUGCAAGCUCCCAUCGUAUCUCGCACGCGCGCGCUAUUCUUAUAAUCUUCGUCUGAGUCGGGAAAUCGACGACUACUGGUACUCAUCGGUAUCAUUUAUUGAAAGAACAAAACAUCAUCGUCGUACCGCACGAUGAUUUUGCUUUAUCAUCGCUUAUCUCAAUUGCCAAUAUAAGCGCGAGCAGGAAAAGAGCUGUAUAUUUUGCGAAAUAUGUCUCAUACGCAAAAAUGCAUCGUAACAUUUUAUUGGAAAUGCAAAAUACUCGGACAAUGCUCCGUGUUCUAAAUGCAAGCCAGGUCGGCGUUAAAUAUACAUAUCAAUUUCUCUUCCCUUGUCCGUUUUCUCACAUAAGACUCGAACGCUUCGGUUGCGUAUACACGUGCAAACAUCCGCCGUGAUACACGGCCUCUCGAAGCGCAAAUUGCUCGGACCAACUGCGGACUUAGUCGCAUUAAAUUUUAUCGUAAUAUAUCUCGUGUGUAUUGUACAUAGCAACAAAGAUAAUAAGGCGAUAUGGAAAACAGUCGGAUUAAAUCGCGCGUUGAAUUUUAGGCUCCGGGCUAUUUGAAGUAAGCAGACGUAGAUAUUUAUCAUUUUGAUAUAAUGUACAGGAUGAAGUUGAAAAAGAAAAAUAUGAGCAAAGUAAGAGAGAGACUCGCUAACUCGUAACGAGAGUCUUUUUCGUCAAAUGAUUUUAGCGUAGAUGAAAUGUUGAUCACAGCAAAUCAAAUAGCAGUUAAAUAUUUCGCAUUCCAAAUCUAUAAUGCUUGAUCGUCGUAAUCAUUUACAUGGUAUUCAAUACAAAGAAAUGUGAUAAGAUUUAUACAACAGAGCACUAAUGUACAAAUAAAAUUACAUAUUUUUACAAAAUAU